AUGGCGCCAAAUCGUAAACUGUUUUUCUUGAUCCUUGUUUCCAUUCUUUUUCUGCCACUACCAUUCUCGGCCAGGAUCUUCAAAGCUUCUGACCGGAAAAGACAAGAUUCUUCAUCAAAGCAAGGUUAUGCAUACGGAGAGUGGAUUCCUGUGUUCGCCAACAAAGUAUUUGGGGUUGAUGAACGAUGCGACGCAUACUCAUAUUUUUCGCUUCCAUUUUGCCCUCCUGGAGAAGGAAUAUCCAAAAGGAGAACCCUGAAUGAAAUUCUGGCAGGCGACUGCUUAACCAACACCCAAUAUGAGUUGAAAUUUGGCGUUUCGGAGUCGGAGGGGUUUCUUUGCGAGAAGUAUAUGACAGAACAUGAUCUCAAAAUGUUUAGGUUUUCCAUUGCAAACAAACUUGAAUACCAAAUGUACUUUGACGACAUCUGGUUUGGGAGUAAGGUGGGGGAAGUCAUUGAAACAACAGGAUUAGGACAGAAAUUUUAUCUUUUCAAUCACAUUGAAUUCAAUGUUGAUUUCAUGGAGAAUCAAGUGAUGGGCAUUAGUGUUGUAAAUAGUCUUGAUUCUUCUGUUGACAUAACCAAUUGUACUGAAACCCUAGUCGAAUUUUCCUACUCUGUCUUUUGGAAUGAAAUCAAAUCCAUAGAAAAUUCGAGUUACUUUAUACCCGGGAACAGAGCUUCAGCUGAGAAAGCCAUGUGGGUUUUGGAAGAGAAUCGACGCUUGUUUUGGUCUUCACUCUGGCUUUGGAGUAUCUUGGCCUUUUGGUGGAUCAUUUUGCCUCUUGUACUUGCUUCGCCGUAUCUCUUUCGGUAUUUCUUGAGGAACAGACAACCUCAUGGAACUAUUCGUCGUUUAAAUGAUAAAAUGUGCUUCUGUCCUAUGUUCACAUCCUUACUCGGUGCUAUACUGGGCGUUGGAACUCAGCAUCUAAUCAUCAUUGUGUUGCUUUUUGUUUCUGCAUAUGAUGGUAUCUACCCUUGCGACCAUGAAAAAAUCUCUGUUGAUCUUGUUUUGGCAUAUUGUAUAACAUCAGUACUAUCUGCAUUUAUGGCCAGAUCAUUUCAUGAGAAAUUUUCCCCAAUUGGAUCGAAAGAAUGUGUCUUUCAGACUGGCGCACUCUACUUUUUCCCAGUGUUCAUAGCUGUUGUCCUAGGAAUGGUAUUUGGGAUUAGUACUCCAAUGGUUGACAAUGCGAUCUAUAAUCUUUUAUUAGCAGGAUUUGGCAGUGCCAUUUUGAUGUACAUGUGGUGUAUUGCAAUAAGAGACUUCUAUAGACCAGAGCGUAACACUGCAACUUGUUCCACCAGAAGACUACUCCUAUAUAACAGAUCACCUUCCCCUUUAUGGUAUAUGAAGACACCUGCCCAAAUGGUUCUUGGGGGCCUUGGAAUUUUCUUGCCAAUCUCCCCUCUAAUGGAUGAUAUCUAUGCAAGCUUGUGGGGUUUGAAAGUUUGUGGGUCAUUCCUCACCUUAUUUGCUGCAUUCUUAAUGGUCAUCUUAACUACCAUUGUUAGUGGAGUUACACUUACUAGUAUUCAGCUACUCAAACAUGAUUACGACUGGUGGUGGAGAUCUGUAUUACGUGGGGGUUCGCCUGCAUUGUAUAUGUUUGGUUAUGGUAUAUACUUCCUUUCAAAAAUAAAGACAGAGAGUGACAAGGAGUUUGUCCUCCCUCUGGUGUACAAUUGUUGCAUUUGCUAUUCAUUCUUUCUGGUUCUUGGAACCGUUGGUUUUGGAGCUUCGCUGUUCGCCUUUAAAUACUACAUGGCCGGAUACACUAAGAAGCGGUCCUAAAUGUCAGCCUUUGUCUCGUUCCUUUCAUCAUUUUCGAA